AUGUAUUAUGUCGCCUCCUACCUGGUGGCAGCCCUCCCUCCGGGCAACUCCUCCCCCAGUGCCAAGGGCAUCAAGAAGAUCCUGGAUAGUGUGGGAAUCAAGGCUGAUGAUGGCCGGCUUAACAAGGUCAUCAGUGAGCUGAUAUUGAAGAUGUCAAUGCGCAAGCUCACCAGUGUGCCUGCUGGUGGGGCUGUGGCUCUCUCUGCUGCCCCUGGCUCUGCAGCUCCUGCUGCUGGUUCUGCCCCUGCUGCAGCAGAGGAGAAGAGGGAUGAGAAGAAAGAAGAGACCAAGGAGUCAGAUGAUGAUGUGGGAUUUGGCUUGUUUGAUUAA